AUAAAGACUACCCACUUGAGAGUUUUAAAAGAUUUGAAUGGAUUAUCAUGAUGCUGAGGGAUUGGAACAAGCCCUGGAAGCUGGCCCCCAUGUUUUUCAGUUCAGCUACAAACUAGAAGAUGCCCUCCCAUCUACCUUUAGUGGCAGUCAUGGGAAAAUCCGAUAUUUCAUACGGGCAUUCUGCACAGCAAUUGGGGGAACUCUAGCACAGGUGGAGAAGAUCUUGAAGAUACAGGAAACAUUCAACCUUAAUCUCGAUCCCAGUAACAAGCUUCCUCUGAAGUUGACAGCUGAGAAAGAAAUUUCAUACUGGUGCUGGAAGAUGCCAGGGAUUUCUAUGAACGUAACAGUGGACAAGAGUGGGUUCGUCCCUGGUGAAGACAUCAUCAUCACAUCUGAAAUCGACAACCGAACAAUGAGGUUUCUCCGGAUAAUCUGUUACUCCAUUGCAGCUGAGGUCAAGUACAAGGCAUUUGUUCAGGAAGCACUGUGCGACCAUUACCGAGAGUUCAUUGAGAAUAGCGAAGUUAAGAAGAUGGAGGCAGUGAUCGAGGCUCCACCAAGAGAAGUUACAAAAAUCCUCGGAUCCUUACAGCUGCCUAAACCAAUGUUUAUCAGCGACAUGUCAAGGUGUAAGAUUAUUUCAAUCUCAUAUCAGCUGCAUGUUACAAUUCCCAUUCCAGCGUAUCACGUCACAGUGUCAGCCUCAGCCCCCAUUAAGAUUGGAACAAUUCCAGUGCACAUUUCUCUUUAGAACUAGCAAUUGUAUCAUUUAAAUAAUCAACUUCUAUUUAAUUCAUACGGGAACC